AAUUGUUAAACUUAAUUGAAAUAAUCAUUGUAUCAAACUAAGAGCCCUGAAUGAUUUUUCUCGAUUGCAGGCCGACUUUGCUUCCAAAGGUUGCUGGGCAAGCAGAAACAGUUCCGAUGAUGGAAAUGGGAGGUUGGAAGUCUGUAAAGGUGAAACAACACACAUUUACGCAAGCGGCAUCCUUCAGGGAGCAGAAACGCACCAGAGUUUCUUCAGAUCAACAGGAAGAACAAAGUAGAGUUGUUAUCGAUUCAGAUGAGGAGAUUGAUGGAGGUUUUUCCUGCUUGCUCGAUGUUAAAGAAACAGGCAUCAGAAACCCCAUAAUCGGUGAAUCAAGGGAAGACACUGCAAGGAUUUUGCGGAAAGCUAGGAGGCAAAAGAGAAAAUACUGUAAUCCUAUCAUUAUUAAUUGAAGGUACCCUUGCGCUUUGGUAUUUGCUUCAUUCUUUUUUCUUUUGAAAUAUUCUAUGUACACACUCGUCCAAUUGUUGCUGAUCUUAAGUUUCAUUGUUAAU